AGUGAAGUAUACCAUCCAAAUAAAAUUACAAAAACAAAAAAACAAACCAAGUGCUAUAUAACGCUCUCUCAAAUUUGGCGAAUUCAUUCAUAGCAAAUUCCACCGAAAAAUCCAAAAACCCUUUUUUAGAAAAAACCCUGAUUUCUCAAUCUCAAAUAUUCUCCACCUUCAUCUAUCUCUCUCUUUUUUCUCUAACAGCAACACGUUAGAAAAUAACUUUUUCAGGUGAUCAAGAGAGUCAGAGUCUGGUUAUCUAUAUUACCGAUCAUCUGAACAAAAGAGGGAGGGUACUGGUUUGCGGAGGCAUUUAGACUUCUGCGAGCUUAGAAUCCUCUCUCCUUUUUUGAAAGCGUAGUCGUUGAUUAGCGCUGUUGGGGGCUCCUUUUUCUCAUAGUGUGUGUGACCAUUGAUAUUUUGGUGUGCUGAGAAGUGCGAGAGUUUUAAGCUAAAAACGGACAGAUAUUGAAGCUGAAACAAUGGGUUCUAUUUGUUCUUGUUUGACUGUUGAUGAUUUAGAAGAUUAUGCGAAUCCACAUAGUCAUGUAUUUAGGAACUGCGUGUGCGGCGGUUGCUUCCUACAAAACCUUUUGAAUGUUUAUGCAUCAAUAUUCCGGAGAGGGGAAAUGCAGCCGCUUCCUACAUCUAUACAGGGGGCAGCAUCUAGGACUUCUACUGCAUCACUUGAUAAUUCUCUAUCAGACAUAUACCGUUCUCCUCCAAGGCCGUUGCCUUAUGAUGCAGACCCUAGGCAUUUCCGCUCACAGCAUGACGGACUAGUUUCAAGACGUGAAAAGGGUUCCAGUCAUUUGAAUGAGGAGUCAGAACCUCUAAGGGAUGAUUUAGAUGUAGAUUCAGAAUCUAUGAACUUGAGUGGUAAAUGGAAUGAAUCCACUGGCAAAGAUGGGUCAAAGGAAUACCGCUCAAAGUCCACGGUAAGACUUUCUUCGGCAAAACCUACAACUGGAGCUGAGAUUGUGUACGCAUCAUCAGAAGAGGAGGAUGUUUGUCCAACUUGUCUUGAAGAAUACACUGAAGAGAAUCCGAAGAUAGUGACAAAAUGUUCUCAUCAUUAUCAUCUUGGUUGCAUAUAUGAGUGGAUGGAGAGAAGUGACACCUGUCCUGUUUGUGGGAAGGUGAUGCUAUUCGAUGAAACAACUUAAUAUUUUGUCGUCGAUGAUGCCAACAACAGAAGCAACCUGAAAAUACAAAUAUAGACAUUGUGAAUACUUCAGAGUUCAGACUAAGCACUUAUCAUGUACAGUAAUAUGUAUAAGUUUUCUCAUUUAUACUUUUCUCCUUUGCCAAAAUUUGCAAGGAAGAAAAUAUGCAAUUUCAGAUUGAAACUUUGUCAUGGUUCCAACUUUCAGAGUUUGCCUUGUAAUGGAAGGAUUUUUUUUUUGUCCUUUAA